UGGGAAUUGAGAUAACACACACUGUUUCCUUUCAUCACUCUUCUUGACUCUUUCUAGGGUUUCACACUUUCGAACGAGUCUGCGAAUUUCAGUUCCCUUCUCUUCAAUCGGAUUGGUCGCUUUCUUUACAUGUGAAGGAGGAACAUGUAUUCUUCGAGGGGGAGCGGCGCUUACGGCCAAUCAUAUGCGGGUCAAUCAGCGUAUGGCCAGAACUUGGGUGCUAAUUAUUCUGGGGGUUCCGUUGGAGGACAUGAUGUGGGCCAGCAUUCCGUUGCUUCUAGGCAUUCGACAAUAUUAGGUGGUUCACAGGAAGUUGAUGUUGGUGGGUAUAGGGCUCAUACUUCCACUGCUCCACAGUAUGGGGGGCAGUAUAGUUCUGUUUAUGGGUCAGCUGCUUUGAGCAGUGCACAGCAGGUUCCUUCCUUGAGUACUAAGGGAGCUGCAUCAUCAACUUUAGAUGGUCGUGGAGGUUAUUCUUUAGGUGUUUCGGAUUCACCUAAAUUUGCUUCUGGAGACUAUGUCUCAUCCUCAAGCCAUGGAUAUGGUCACAAAUCUGAUCAGUUAUAUGGUGACAAGGGUGGCUUGGAUUAUUCUGGAAUAGAUAGGCGGCAACGGCAGAGUGGUUACCUUGGUAGGGACUUGCCAAGCGAUCCAACUGGACGAUAUGCUACUGAUCCUGUUGGAUAUGGUCAUCAGCAUCAGCAAGCAGAAAUAUAUGAUCGCAUUGAUCAGGCAGCUUUGCUUCGACAAGAGCAAUUGCUGAAAUCUCAGUCUCUACAAGCUGCCUCACUUGAUGGGGGUGCUAGACAAGCUGAUUAUCUUGCAGCAAGAGCUGCUGCUAGUCGUCACCCCACCCAAGAUCUUAUGUCUUACGGAGGAAGGAUGGAUUCUGAUCCCCAUGCUUCAUCAAUGUUAAGUGCUCCUUCAUAUAGUGGACAACAUGCACCAUCAAUAUUAGGAGCAGCUCCAAGGAGAAAUGUGGAUGAUCUACUGUAUUCCCAGAAUGCUUCAAAUCCUGGUUAUGGAGUGAGCCUGCCUCCGGGCAGGGACUAUGCUACUGGAAAAGGGCUUCAUGGAAAUGCUACGGAGUUGGAUUACCCAGGAAAUGUGCUGCCACAUAGUGGGCAUAAUGAUCACAAGGAUGACCGGGCUAGCUAUCUGCGAGAAUUUGAGCUAAGAGAAGAAGAGCGUCGCCGGGAGCGCUUGCGAGAGAGAGAGAGGGACAGAGAAAGGGAGAAAGAACGGGAACGAUUGCGUGAACGGGAACGCGAACGAGAGAAGGAACGCGAAAGGGAGCGCAUUUUGGAGCGGCGGGAGAAGGAGCGGGAACGAGAGCGCAAACGUGCACUUGAAACUCGGCAUGAACGAACUCCAGUGAGAUCGUCCAAGGAUCCCCGUGGUACUUCAAAGGAUCCCCGUGGGUCUUCUUUGACAAAGGAGGGGAGAUCUUCACGACGGGACUCCCCACAUCAUGGUGCUUUACAUAGGAAACAUUCACCUGUUAAAGAAAAACGGAGAGAUUAUAUCUGCAAGGUUUACCCAUCCUGUUUGGUGGAUAUCGAGAGGGAUUACCUCUUAAUAGAUAAACGAUACCCCAGACUUUUUGUUUCUCCUGAAUUCUCCAAGGCUGUUGUGAAGUGGCCAAAGGAAAACCUUAAACUAUCUAUCCAUACUCCUAUCAGUUUUGAGCAUGAUUUUGUUGAAGAAGAAAGUGCCAUUGAGCCUAGAGAUUCAUCCAGCAAGCUUUCGAUGGGACAACCUCUAAGUUCAGAAAAAGGAAGUACAGUUUGGAAUGCUAAAAUAAUUUUGAUGAGUGGACUUAGUAGGACUGCAUUGGAGGAGCUGUCAUCGGAUAAAAGUUUUGAUGAUCGCAUUCCUCAUAUUUGCAAUUUCCUGAGGUUUGCGGUCCUUAAGAAGGACCAUUCUUUCAUGGCAGUUGGUGGUCCAUGGGAACCUGCUGAUGGGGGUGAUCCAUCUAUUGAUGACAACUCUUUGAUCAAAAGUGCCCUCAGACAUUCCAAGGAUGUUAUUCAAGUUGAUUUGCAGAAUUGUCAACACUGGAAUCGUUUUCUCGAGAUACAUUAUGAUAGAGUUGGCAAAGAUGGUUUCUUUAGCCACAAGGAAAUCACUGUUCUUUACGUUCCCAAUUUGUCUGACUGCCUCCCUUCAUUGGAUGAAUGGCGUGAUCAAUGGCUUGCCCACAAGAAAGCUGUUGCUGAAAGAGAACAUCAAUUUUCUUUGAAAAAAGAGAAAUCUAAAGAUAACAAGGAAGUACCCAAAGAUAAAUCAGAUAAGAAGAAGGAUUCUGUUGCUUCUGGACAAUCAGAUGUUAAGAAAAAGGAGAAAGAUAGUAAUACUGUUAAGGAAGAAACUGAAGAAAAAACUGGAGCGAUCAACAAUAAAAUUGCUAAAAAUGAUGGCUUUGGCAUUGGUGAAGAUGGAAAGAAUGCGGAGCAAAAGCAAGGGGAAACUGCCCCUGUGAAGUCUGUCAAAAAGAAGAUUAUAAAGAAGGUUGUGAAACCGAAAGUUGCUAUUAGGGCAAAUGAUACUGCCAACAAACAAACGGAAAAAUCAGGCGAGAAGGAUGUUGCAGAGAAAAUGGCAACAUCAAAUGUUCCUGAUCAGGAAGACAAAUCUUCUGUGGAUCCUAGUGAGGUUCAAACUUCUGUAAAAAACUUGGUUGUAGAGGAUGUUUCUAUUGGGAAAACUGAUGGGGAAAAUGGGAAAGAUAAAGAAAUAAAUAGUUCUGAAAAUAAACCUCAAGACAAGCCAGAUGCAAUGGUGAAUGCAGUUGCGAGUGAUGCUACUGUGAAAACAAUUAAAAAGAGGAAAGUUAUCAAGCGGGUACCUAAGAAGAAGGUGGUUGGUGAGGCAUCUAAAUCUGUAAUUUCUGACCCUAAAAUUGGUGAAAGGAAUGUCAUUGCAGUUGAAGCACAAGAUUGCACCCAGAGCACUGGCAAGCAGGCUGCUGAUGUAGAUACGGUAGUGACCGAGGUGAAGAAACCUGGGAAGGUAGUGCCAAAGAGAAAGUUAAAAACACCUACAUCUGGGAAGCAACAUGAUGCGGCUGAUUCCAAUAAAACUGAAACAAAAUCUGACAAAAUGGUUGAAGGGAAUGUUGUGGCAGUUCAUGCACAAGAUGAUACACACAGCACUGAUUUGCAGACUGCUAAUGUGGAUACCAUAGUGAUGUCAGAGGUGAAGAAAACUGGGAAGGUAGUUCCUAAAAAGAAAUCAAAGGCACCUACCUCUGAGAAGCAAGGCAAUGAAGCUGAUUCUCUUAAAACAGAAACAAAGUCUGACAAGGAUGAAAAAGGAACUGGUGAAAAAAGUGGAUCCAAGACAGACAAGCAGAAAGCCUCUGACAAAGACAUCCGCAAUGUCAAGGGGAAGCUCAAAGAUGGGGAUAAGUCAAAAGAUGAGAAAGUAAGAAAAGAGAGAGAUGGAAAAGAUGAGCCUAAAAGAAAAUCUAGUAAAGAAGUGAAAGAGAAGAGAAAGUCUGAUGAACCUCCUCGACACCCGGGUUUUAUUCUUCAAACGAAAUGGACUAGGGAUUCUAAACUACGUUCGUUGUCACUGUCGUUGGAUUCAUUGUUGGAUUAUACUGACAAAGAUGUUGAAGAAUCGACACUUGAGCUUUCACUGUUUGCUGAAUCUUUCUAUGAAAUGCUUCAGUUUCAAAUGGGUUGUAGAAUUUUGACCUUUCUUCAGAAUCUGCGCAUAAAAUUUGUGGUCAAAAGAACUCAGCGAAAGAGGCAGCGGGAAGACGGGCAUGAGAAGGAUAAUGUAAACAAAUUGCCUAUAAAGCGUCCAAAGGGAGAUGAUUCUUCUGUGAAGAGGGAGUCCACAGAUAUGGACACAUCAAAUCCAACCCAAGCAGAUGAUGAAAAAACUGUUGCUGAGAAAGAUAACUCUUGUGAUAAGGAGGAUGAUGUGAAGAUGGAAGAUGGAACAGAUGAGGAAGAAGAUCCAGAGGAGGAUCCUGAAGAAUAUGAGGAAAUGGGAAAUGAUAGUCCCCAACAUGACUCAUCCAAUGGUAAAAAUGCUGAGCAAGAGGCCAAUGCAAAUAAUGAAUCUGAAAAUAUUACUAGCAAUGAAAAAGCAGAGGAUGGAACUUCUAAAGGGGAGAUGAAGGUUAAAGAGGAGGUCAAAGAAUCCAAGGCUGAUGCUCUUAUCGAUGAAGUAAAGGAAGGAAAAGUUGAUAGAAGUAAGAAAGAAACCCAUGCUGUCAAGGAGGUUACCGUGGACAGAGAAUUAUUGCAGGCUUUCCGAUUUUUUGACCGGAAUCGUGUUGGGUAUAUCAGGGUUGAAGAUAUGAGAUUAAUUAUCCACAGUUUGGGGAUGUUCCUUUCUCACAGAGAUGUCAAGGAACUUGUACAAAGUGCAUUGUUGGAGAGCAACACCGGGAGGGACGAUCGAAUACUUUAUAAUAAGCUGGUGCGAAUGAACGAAAUAUGAUGCUUCCUAGUUUCUAUUUUUGUGGUGUAUGAAACACUUGAGUUCCAUGUCUAGCUGAAUGAAGUUGCUUUUUUAAUUUGAAUCGGACAGGUGUUGUUUCUCUUUUGUUAGUUUUGUUUUGUUUGAUUGUUGAAAGGGCAGGUGGUCUUUCGUUUGUUGUAGUAAGGGUGGGGAGAACUUUUCUUGGUUUUUAUUUACGAUAUUGAUAAAGAACCAAAUUACGCUGGAACAUUUUUUCCUAUGCAGUGUGUGCAAUGAGAAAGU